AUGUGGUCGCUUGCUCUCGUGACAACCUUGGCAUUGAGUGGUGCCUUAGCAGAAACAGUGAACCUUUGUCGAGACGACACGCAGCAUAGUUUCGCGAUCGACUAUCGCGACAAUCAAUUUCUGCUGGAUGGGAUGCCCUUCCGCUAUGUUUCCGGCAGUUUCCAUUACUUUCGCGCUCCUAGACAUUACUGGAGGGACCGUCUAAGAGCAAUGAGGGCCGCGGGACUUAACGCUGUCUCCACUUACGUCGAAUGGAGUCUUCACGAGCCAGAACGAGACCAGUUUAAUUGGUCCGGUGACGCGGAUAUAGUAGAAUUCUUAAAUAUCGCUCAACAAGAAGACUUGCUCGUAUUAUUGCGACCCGGUCCGUACAUCUGCGCGGAAAGAGACAUGGGUGGUUUGCCGUAUUGGCUGCUUCGAGAUACGCCGGAUAUGAAAUUGCGUACGAAAGAUGCAUAUUUUCUGGGGAACGCUACGUCUUUUUUAACUAAAUUAUUUGAUAAAAUACAACCAUUCCUGAGGGGAAACGGAGGACCCAUAAUCAUGGUUCAGGUGGAAAAUGAAUAUGGAAGCUUCAACGCUUGUGACAAGGAAUACUUGGAUAUAUUGAAGAAUAUUUUUCUCGACAAGAUUCAAAAUAAGGCACUUUUGUACACGACCGACGGUACGUCCGAGUCAAUGCUUCGUUGCGGUUCUAUACCGGGAGUAUACGCCACCGUUGACUUCGGAUCAGAUAUCAAUGUGACCAAAGCUUUCGAGUCUAUGCGAGCCAUACAACCACAAGGUCCGCUUGUGAAUUCCGAAUACUAUCCGGGAUGGCUAACGCACUGGGGGGAAUCCUUUCAAAGGGUGAAGACCAAUGCUGUCGUGAAGACGUUGAAUGAUAUGCUCAAGAUGGGUGCUUCUGUCAAUAUAUACAUGUUCUACGGGGGCACGAAUUUCGGUCUCACUUCCGGUGCUAACGGCGGUGAGAACGAAUUUAAGCCACAAAUAACUUCUUACGAUUACGACGCUCCUUUGACCGAGGCUGGAGAUCCGACAGAAAAGUACUUCGCUAUAAGAAACGUCAUCAGUCAGUAUUUACCAAUGCCGGGUAUACCUUUUCCAAUCGCGUCUCCGAAAGGUAACUAUGGUCCAGUAUUAUUGGAAGCGAUAUCGGAGCUGUUUGACGACAACAAUUUAUUCGAGGUAAGUCGGUCGACUGACUACGACCCCAAGACCUUCGAGGCAUUGUCCGUGAACCAGGGACUCGUGCUCUACGAGACGAAAUUACCGUCCACUAUUUCGGACGAAUAUACUUUAAAUGCAACAACGAAAGAUAGAGGACUGAUAUAUGUGAACAAGCAACUUUACGGCAUCCUGAGUCGCGGAGAUAAGAAGUUUACGCUGUCGCUGAAGAAGUCUUAUGGAGAUCACUUGCGUAUUCUGGUGGAAAACCAAGGACGCUUGAAUUACGGCAAUGAAAUCCGAGAUCACAAGGGUUUAUCGGACGCAAAUAUCGACGGAGUUCAAUUGAAACUAUGGAACAUGACAGGCUACGCGUUUCCCGAUGUGUCUGUUCUUCAGGGCAAAGGGAUCAUACCAGUAAAUAAUGGGACUCUGACAAGCGGUCCGGUAUUUCUGCGCGGACAUUUCACGGUCACAGGACAACCAUUGGACACAUUCUUGGACACUACCGGCUGGGGAAAAGGGAUGGCCUUUGUGAAUGGCCACAACCUCGGUAGAUAUUGGCCGACAGUCGGUCCACAAAUCACAUUGUAUGUGCCAGCUCCAUAUCUUCGUAUGGGAGACAACGAGCUGAUUCUACUGGAAUUCGAAUAUGUAUCUCUGACGAGAAAAAUGAAAUUCCAAUCUGUGCCAAACUUAGGUUAAGCUGCGUUUCCCGAUUUACGCGCACAACCCCGAUACCGAGACUGAAAAUGAACGUCCAAAGGAAGAAUCCCAGUCGAUUCGAUAAUAUCAUCACUAGAAUUACAUUUCACAUUACGUGAAAGUUAGUUUCAUGUUCUUGUAUUGUUAAAUUUUAUUUUUCAAAGAUAUAACUAUAAUUGUAGAACUGCAGUAGAGCUUAAUUUGCAACCAAUAUCAGAUUGCCUUAGUCUCUGAUGAAGCGAACUGAAAUGUUCACGGAACGUUGGAAACAAAACGCAGCUACAACCCGGAAGGCAAAGCAAACUGCAAUAUAAUUAUUACAACAUAUCCGUUAUAUAUUUUUAUUUCCAAGUUGUGCAGCUGCAACUGAAUGCGUUGACUGGGACAUAUUUGAUCAGAGUAGUUUUCGCGCGCCUAAAGAGAGUACGUCGAUAGAAUAUUAUCUAUAGGAUAUACAAUUGUUCCCGAAAUUGUGAAAAACGCAAGCGAAAGGAUACGUCAUUGUAAAAUAAGUCAUCUGUCUUACAGCUCGCCAUCCAACGCUAAUUACACGCUUUAUCCUCACGCGUGUUUGAACAUAAAUGCGGUAAUGAUGUUACAAGCAAAAUAAAAGGUCUAAAAACUCCGAA